UGUAUCACAAACUUUAUCAUACAGGCUAUGUAGUUCUCCGAAUGAAGCUGUUUGCGCCGCUUUCCCCAAAUCGAGACCAUAGCUUCUACAAAAUCUCACUCCGCCUGAAAACCUCCGCCUCAGAGCCCUAGUCCUUCUCAACAUCACAAUCUCCGCCUCUAGUAUGCUGCGAUAGCUCUGCCGUCGAAACCCUGAUUCGAUCCGAGACUUGGUUCGUGGAACGCUCUGUUAAUCGAGCAGCGGAAAGACGCAAUUCUUUUCCUCCGAAUCUGGAGUAAUUCUGUGGGAGAUUUUAAGUAUAUGUAAUGGACAUAAUCUCUCAGCUACAAGAACAAGUCAAUACAAUCGCACUUCUUGCUUUGAAUACUUUUGGAACACUGCAAAGAGAUGCCCCACCAGUCCGACUUUCACCAAAUUAUCCUGAACCGACUAGUAAACCCUCACAGGAGACAAUAAACGGGGAGCAUGCCAAGACAACGAGUGCAAAUUUGGUUCAAGCUGCAAAAACAUUUGACGCACUUGUUGCUGCCUUGCCAUUAUCGGGAGAAGAUGAACAAUUGAAAAGAAUUGCAGAACUCCAGGCAGAGAAUGAAGCCAUAGGUCUGGAACUUGAAAAACAGCUCCAAGCUGCAGAACAGGAAUUGAAGCAGGUUCAAGAGAUGUUUAAUGAGGCAGCAGACAAUUGUUUGAACUUGAAGAGACCUGACUGAUCAACCUAAAGGUAAGUGGUAAUAGUUGAUUUCUUGGAACAGCUAUGGACAGCAGCAUUUGAUUUUUUUUUUUUUUUGGUUAUUUUGAGACGAAAGGCUAGAGCGGCAGCAUUUGAUUUCUUGUAUUCUCAAUACAUGAGCUUGUUUCUAUUCUUACAAAGAUGGUCAUACUUAUGAGCAUACUCAUUAUUUUCUUUGGAACCACUUUGAGACAAUUGAUUUCGGGAAAUAAUCAGGCUGCUUUAAUUAGAUUGAGAAUAUGAAACAGAAACACUUGCCAACA